AUGUCCCACAUUGACAGCCAACAUUUAUACAGCCCUCCUCAUGGGCACUCUGUCUCUACCACCGUGAGGCAGCCAUGGUCCGAGUAUAAAACCCUUCCCAUUAGCGUCUUGUCUUCUUCCCAGGCCGUCAAGUCAACACUACCUACAUCCUGCGCAUCCAUAAUCCCCACCACCAUCCCUCCCCAUGCCACACGCCGAACCCAACAGUCCUCCCAACCUAGCUCAACGAAUCAAGCAGCAGCACAAAAACGAAGCCAUCAAACUCUACAUCCUCACCCGCCUCUCCAUCCCUCGCACGAGAACCAAGAGAACCAAGAAACCCUCCAGGCAUGCAUUCUCGCCACCCUCCCCUACAUCGCCCGCAUCCCAAGCACGCAGCCGCUAAACGACGGGUCGUGGGAGCUGCUCGUCCGCAAAACCGACCUGCCUCUCCUGCGCCAUGUGGUGCAGCGGCACCUCCCAUUCGCUACGCUCAGUGACGAAGCCUACCAUCCCCGCGAGCCGACCGACGCAGAUGUCUCGUGCUGGGGUCCCCUUGCGGCGAGGAACCGGGCAGGGUUUUGGUUCUGGAUGCGCGCGUCCCGUGUCAUUGGUGAGCGGGUCGGAGUUGUUGCGGAUUUUUAUCAGGAUGUGUUGGAUAGUAGUGGAUGGACUGGAUAUGAUUUUGCAUAG